AUGCCCAGAAAGAGAGAGGAGGAGGAAUCUUCUGAAGAAGAGACUUCGGAGGAAAGUGCAUCCGAAGAAGAAGAAGAAGAUAGUGAAGGGAGUGGAUCCGAAGAAGAGGGUGACGAAGAAGAGGACGAAGAAGAUGAAACGGGAUCGGAACACAGUGGUUCCGAUGAUGACGAAGACGAUGAGGAGAGUGAUGAAGACUCCUUCACAAAGAAGAAAAAAGGUGUGCUCAAUGUGUCUCUAAAAAUUGAUAAAGAAAACGGUAAAAUACUUUCCUCAAAAGUGAGGGAAGAAGAAGACAAGAGUCCUGCGUCUGAUAUUCUUGGAAAAACUUCCACAACCACUCAGACUGAUUACAACAUGUUUUUUCCACCUCUUGCUGAAGCAUUGUAUCAGGCUUCCACGAGUUCAGAAAAAAAGGAAGAAUUAAUAGGACAGGCAAGAAAAAUCCUUCUUGCUCCUCCUGAAAAUUAUCGAAAUGGCGGGGUGACCUUCUCAAGUCCCUUUGUACAGAGUCAAGUAAGCACUGUCUAUCAACCUGUGACAUCUCCAUUCCGUCAGUUGAACUCUGUUCAGACUCAGCAACCAAACUAUUAUCAACAACGUUAUGAACCUUCGGACACGUAUGGUUCAAAUUUCAAGCCAAUGCAACCCAUGUACUAUCCACCUCCUCCAAGAAAUUUGUAUUCCCCAUAUCACAAUGAUUAUCAGCAAUCGCCUCUUUCAAACUACAAAAAUACUUUUCAGGAACAGCAAAAUAGUCCUUCCAAAAAUCACACGAAUCAUUUGUAUAGGUCUAAACAUUUUGUGACCAGUCCGGUCAACCACGAUCACAAAACGUUUAGACCCAUACAAAGCCCAACCCUAUCGAUCAAUAAUAACGAAGACGCACGAUUUGGAAGAUAUGUGAAUGAACGAGAAUUCCAAAAACGAUGA